CGUUUGAUCGACAUCUCUCCUGGUGAUAUACGAGCUUAAGUUCAUACAUUUUUACUUCGUUUUCUCUAUAUAACACAGUAAAGUAUAGUAUUGAGUAUAAUUACUCUAAUCUUCAUAAAUAAAAAAAAUAAAAUCGUCUCAAUUAAUUCUCGAAUCUAAUUAUUGUUUGCAUACACAUUUUAGUGUGGCCGCUGUGUGAUUCUCUACUUUAAAUCUUUUUGAUAAAAUUAUUUCAAUACAAAUGGCGACCUGCAUUGCAUCGUCACGCCCAGUUCGGGAUGGUUCAACAUUUACAGAAAAACUUUUAAUUGGACUACGCCAAUUUUAUGAUGAGCAGAAACUGGUGGAUGUGACGUUUAAAGUUUCAACAGUUUUGAUUCCUGCGCAUCGUUUGAUUUUAUCAGCUGCAAGUGCUUAUUUCGAGAAUCUCUUGAGCAACAAUCAAGGUGUAACACCUUUUAUCGAAAUAAAUAACAUAGCCAGUGAUACGUUCGAGCGUCUGAUCACCCAUUGCUAUACAGGACAGACACUGAUAACUCUCGACAAUGUUAAUGAAAUGCUAAACGCGGCCAUUAUUUUUCAAUUGGAUGAUGCCGUCGCCGAUUGCCUUGAUUACAUUUUUGAUAAUAUAAGGGAAUACACACUGGAGCGGUUAUAUUCCAUAGAGCGUGAUACUCAGUGUGAAAUUCUUCGGCGGAAAAUUCUGGAAUAUGAAGAAGAACAUUUCAUGGAAUUAAAUGGCAGUGCUGAAUUCUUGAAAUUUGGCAGUGAAAAAUUGAAAGGAAUCUUGGAGAGCGAAGUCUUGAAUGUGUCGUGUGAGAAAGAUAUCUUUGCUGCGCUAAAAAGUUGGUACGAACAUGAUACUAAGGGCCGUGAAUGUCAUUUGCCUGACCUCGUCGGUUGCUUGCGACUCUUGCAAUUCGAUGCAAGUUUCAUAAUGGCGAAUAUUCAGCCGUUGCCAGGAUGUGAGUUGCUGGCUUUUCAUGCCUUACUAUGGAUCAGUCAGCCCUUGACACGCACAAAGAUAACGUUCAAAUUCACGGCACCGCGAGAAUCUAUACGUAGAAAUCUGGAAGAUACAGCUUAUUUGGCGUUGGAAACAUAUCGAACUGAUAACAACAAAUGUAUUUUGCAGUACAAUCAAAUUGAAGAUAAGUGGUUGAAAUACGCUGAUAUAAACUAUCCAAAUGAAGUCAAAGUUAUUCCAAAUGGUGAAAAUCUAAUUUUCAUCGGUGGGAAAAGUAACGAAGAAAGAACAGCUGAAGUUAAAAGUUGGAAUCUGCGAACUAAAACAUGGACACAACUGCCAAGAAUGAAUUGCCCACGAAUAGCGCAUAGUGUUGUGCUUUUAGACGACAUAAUUUACGUAAUUGGUGGAUGGAAUAUAUCAUCAGCUAUGAAUACGGUGGAUGUGUUUUCUUUCACAGGUGAAUGGCAUUCGGUAAAAGCAAUGAAUGUAAGCCGUGCCCUGGCAGCCGCAGUAACUUUAAAUGGAAAUAUUUUCGUUAUGGGAGGGCAGAAUGCUACUAAUGUUUUGAAUUCUGUUGAACGAUAUGAUCCAACCUCAAAUGUCUGGACUUUGUGUGCAAAUAUGAAUAAUGAAUAUACCAGCCAUGGCGCAGCCGUGCACAAAGGAUUUAUAUUCGUUGUGGGAACGAAAUCAGCCUAGCGAUACGACCCACAAAAAGAUGAAUGGACAAAUAUCUGUGCUCUCCCCAUCGAGACUAGUUGCGUUUCUUGUGUUUCCAUAAACAAUCAGUUAUGGGCUAUUGGCGGCGAUCUCCACAGACCAAAAAUUUGCACUCAUGUUUAUGACGAGAAAUCUGAUCAGUGGCUGCAAAAGGCUUAUCUACCUAAAGUUGGUGAAUACUCCUGUUUAGCAGUACCUAAAGUUUCACUCCAAUUUAAUUGAAAUAUAUAAUAAAAUAUGAGAAU